GUACCUGGAAGAUAGCUUAUCCAAAUAUAUCAACGGCGAACUAUUAAAUAUCGUCUAGUCACCAUAGUCAUCAUAUCUUCAUCACUUGAUAAAGGUCAACCAUACAUACAUUCAAACAUGAGUUGUUACUCUACAAAAAAAAUGCUUCAAAUAAAUCGAGAUUUGUCAUCGUUUAAAUGGCUACGCUGAAAAGAACGCAACUGUUAUGUUUAGUUAGAUCGUUUAGUCAACAAUUAAGGAAGAAUUCAUUUAUUUCAAUGGCCAAUGAACCAAAGAAUGUUCAAUAUGCCACCAGAGAUUUUGAAGAAAUCCAAGUACCCGUACCUUGGGGUCAUAUCGCUGGCAAAUGGUAUGGACCCAAACACGACAGACCUUUGGUUGGUUUACAUGGCUGGCAGGAUAAUGCGGGCACUUUCGAUACCUUGGCCCCUUAUCUGCCACGGGAAAGAGCUUUUCUGGCAUUGGAUAUGCCUGGGCAUGGACUAUCUUCCUGGUUGCCGGAAGGCAUUCAAUAUCACUCCAUGGAUUAUGUGGCAUUAAUCAAUCGCCUCAUGGAGGAAUUUAAAUGGGAUACAAUCUCCAUUCUCGCUCACUCAAUGAGUGCAAUUAACAGCUUUGUUUAUGCCGCUCUAUUUCCUGCCAAAGUUGAUUUGCUGAUAAGCCUGGAUGUUUUGAAGCCCCUCACGAGAUCGCCCGAUAAGAUUAUAGAUAAUUACUCAGAACGUUUGCAGGGUGCUUUGAAAAUAGAACGAAGAAUGCGCAAUAAAAGUGAACCCCCAGCCUAUGAAUGGGAUCAGUUGGUGGAGAGAUUACACACGGGCACUAGUAAAUCCGUAGAUUUGGAAGCCUGCAAGUUUCUGUUGAAGCGCAAUAUAAAGCCUUCCACCCAUGAGCCGCAUAAAUAUUAUUUCUCACGUGAUAGCCGUUUAAAAGCCUCCUUGUUCUAUGCUUUCUCGCAAGAGGUGCCAGUGGAAAUGGGUCGCAGAAUAACAUGUCCGCAUCUAUUUAUCAAAGCCCUAGGUGGUCCCAUAUACGAAGAAAGAAAAUAUUUAGAAGAGGUGCUGGCCAUACUACAACAAAAACCCAAUUUCGAAUAUCAUGCAAUAGAGGGUACCCACCAUGUGCAUUUAAACGAACCGGAAAAAGUAGCUAAAAUUGUCAAUUCGUUUUUGGAGAAAUGGAGAAGCAGAUAAGAGGGAGAGAGAGAGCUAUGCUGUUAUAAAUUUCAGCUAAAACCAAUUACUACAGCCAAUGAAUGCAAGGAAAAAGCCUGGAUUUUAGCAAGACUUGGUUUUUUCCCUAAAGUUUGAUAUUGUAGGCAUCUAUGUUGUGGGGUACAAACCUUAUUCAAAAAAAAGGAAAAUGCGAAUAACUUUUUUAUCGAUUUAACUUUCUUUUUCCUUACCAUAUUCCUUAAAGAUUUUAUUACUACGAAUUAUCAUUUAAAUUACUUACCGCCGUUUACUUGAAGUUAUUGAUAUUAGCUUUGAAUAGUACAAUUAUUUGGUUUUGUUAUG